CCUUUUUUUUCUGACCGUUCUGACGUGCGCAACGUACAUUUCGAUAUAAAGUAUAGUGAAGGUUGAAUUUUUUUUUCUACCAAAGUUAACGUACUAGAGAUAAUGGCAGCCCAGUGGAUAAGAAAAUCAAUCUCAACAAAAAUUGGCAACGUACGCCUCUACAGCAGCAGUGCACGUAAAUGUACUCUAAUACCAGGAGAUGGAAUUGGUCCUGAAAUUUCCGCUGCCGUGCAGAAGAUAUUCGAUGCUGCUAAGGUACCAAUAGAAUGGGAGGCUGUAGACGUUACACCGGUAAAAGGCCCAGAUGGAAAAUUCGGUAUUCCUCAAGCAGCUAUCGAUUCAGUUAACAAGAAUAAAAUUGGUUUAAAGGGACCUUUAAUGACUCCGAUUGGCAAAGGUCACAGAUCUUUAAAUCUUGCGCUAAGAAAAGAAUUCAAUUUGUAUGCAAAUGUACGACCGUGUCUUUCAUUGGAAGGAUAUAAAACGUUGUACGAUAACGUAAACGUAGUUACGAUCAGAGAAAAUACGGAAGGUGAAUAUUCAGGUAUAGAACACGAGAUCGUAGAAGGUGUUGUACAAAGUAUUAAAUUAAUUACGGAAGAAGCGUCAAGUAGGGUAGCUGAAUUUGCUUUUCAAUAUGCUAAGGAUAAUAACAGGAAGAAGGUAACUGCAGUACAUAAAGCCAAUAUUAUGCGUAUGUCGGACGGUUUAUUCCUUAGAUGUUGUCGGGAUGCUGCACAGAAGUUCCCAGAGAUUAAAUUCGAAGAAAAGUACUUAGAUACAGUGUGCUUAAAUAUGGUUCAAGAUCCGAGUCAAUACGAUGUUCUUGUCAUGCCUAACCUUUAUGGUGAUAUCUUAUCCGAUAUGUGUGCUGGACUCGUAGGUGGUCUUGGACUUACUCCUAGUGGAAAUAUCGGUCUUAAUGGUGCUCUCUUCGAAUCUGUGCACGGAACGGCGCCUGAUAUUGCUGGUCAAGAUAAAGCUAAUCCAACGGCGUUGUUAUUGUCAGCGGUGAUGAUGCUAAAAUACAUGGGAUUAAACGAACAUGCACGAAUCAUAGAACAAUCGGCGUAUGAAACCAUCAAGGAAGCGAAAUAUUUAACCGGUGAUCUUGGAGGAAGUGCUAAAUGUAGUGAAUAUACUAACGAAAUUUGUAAGAAAGUAUCUGCACUAGUUAAAUAAAUUAGCUCAUUAAAAUAAUAACGAAAUACGAACUGCCAAAUACUCGUAGAAAAAGAAAUAUUUUGGUGAUCUUUUAAAUGUGCGGUAACGUUAUUUUGAAUCGACACAUUUUCACAAAUGGAUGUGUAG